AUGAUCAAGUGCACCCAGCCUGAUGUCAACCCCUUCAUGUAUAAUAACUACGGCUGUUGGUGUGGCUUGGGGGGGACUGGGAAUCCCAGGGAUGAGUUGGAUCGGUAACUGAAUUUCAUUAAACUUAUGUUGGACAUCAUGCCCAGGUUUUUGUGUGUAUAUCUCAAACUCUUUACUUUCUCCUCUUUAACUCUCAGGUGUUGUGAGGUCCACGACCACUGCUAUGAAGCGAGCAGGCAUCUUCCAGAGUGUCGUCCCGUCAUUGACUCCCCUUACAUCAAUCGGUACAGAUUCUCUUGCACGAAUGGGCAGGUCUCCUGUUCAGGUAACAACUGAACUGUAGAAACAAAAUAAUAUGUGGACAUACAUUUGCAAUAAACAAUACAAUCUGUCUAAGCUCUAUGAAACUGUCAGAUGCACUGACGUUUUGUUUUAAAGAUGAGGUUUCAGCUUUGUCUGAUUAUAACUGCUAAUAAUGUUUAUCAUGAGCCUAAACCUGUGUCCUUACUCCUCAGCCUCCAACCAUGUGUGCCAGGCCUCAGUGUGUGAGUGUGACCGUGUCGCCACCAAUUGCUUCACCCAGUCGACCUACAACCCUGAGAACAAGAACCUGGACCCCAAAGUUCACUGUCUCUCCUGA